CGUUGCACAGCGGUCCUGCGCUCCGCAUCUUGGGACGUUUGCAUCCUUUUCCACGGCGCUCAGUUAUGUCAGACUCCGCCUCUUUUAUGCACGCGUGGCCUAUAUUUACCGCAGCCGACUCCUCUGACCGGGUAGAGCCGAGGAGGCAGCAACGAUAAGCAGUGAUCCAUCCCGCGAUCUGAAGCAGAACACGAUGACUGGAGAUCAGCGCUGCGUUUUCAGUGCCCGUAUUAUUGGAGGCGUCCGCAGGGACAAACCAAAACUCAAAAUGUUCAUGGUAUCUGUGUUAUGGACUGAUGAGACUGAAAUAGUCAUCUACAGAUCUUUCCAGGAUUUUAAGAUAUUUCAUAGGCUGAUGAAAAAGAGGUUCCCUAAUUUGAAACCUUUUAGGAAAAAUGACAGAGUGAUCCCCAAAUUUAGUGGAAAGGCCAGGAGAAACAGCCUCCAACAGAAAGGAUCCAGGAAGUCUGUCAGGCAGAUGAAAUUCCUGGAGAGCUACUGUGGCAAACUGCUCAAGUGCGACCAAACUGUGACCCAGAGCCCAGAGGUUACACGGUUCUUUACACCCAAGGAACACGACCUGCAGCCAGACUUCACCAAAAACACUGUCAUGAUUCUGAUGUCUGAUGAUCUGCCAGAUGGCAGAGGAGGGGGGGGUGCUGCCCACCACCAUGCAGGCAACGUCACCCACCCUUUUGUCACCCAGACUUACCGUUGUGUGGCAGCUUAUGAGACAAAGGACACCAAGAACCGACCAUUUAAAGUUGCUGUGGACGAGAAGUUGGAUGUCCUGAUUAAAGACCCGGCAGGUUGGUGGCUGGUGGAGAAUGAGAACAAGCGUCUGGCUUGGUUUCCUGCUCCCUACCUGGAGCUGGAUGGAGAGGAUGAGGAUGAAGAUGGAUCCCUGGGAGGUGCUUUGUACUGUGCCAUGAGGAGUUACUCGUCCAAGAAGGAUGAUGAGGUGUCUGUGCCCCUUGGCUCUGUGGUGGAGGUACUGCGGAAGUCUGACGAUGGCUGGUGGCUCAUCAGAUUCAAUGGCAAAGCUGGUUACAUCCCCUCCAUGUACCUGCAGCCAUACAGCAACCCACGGGCUGGUCUCUAUGGCUUCCACAGAAAGCUGCAUAGCUCUUCUCUGAACCUUGCAGCCAGCAUGCAUCCUCAGGCUACUUCUCCAACCAGAUUCAGUGACAAAAACAGCUCAAGACAUGAUUCUGCUGGUCACUCCAGAAAUGAGCCCGAUGUCCCUGCGCGUCUCCAUAAGGCCCAGUCCCUGGAUGUUCUCUCAGAGUCCUGGUUGCAGACGCAGACAGAGGUGGACACCUCAACCUCAAACAGACGCAGCAGCACUGAGUCCAUCUUCUCUGACCUAUCCUCCAGCAGUGACUCCUCCUCAGGUUUGAAAGAGGAGGCACAAAGCCAGAUAGAUGAUGUCGACAGCAGAACAGGUAGCAGUUCCGAUGGCAGCCUCUCCAAUCACCGCAGCUCCAAAAUAAGCUCUACGAGCUCCACAUCCAUCAGCUCGAACAGCAGUGAGACAGCCCCAGUUGCUCCCAGGGUACCUCCCAGACCCAAAACCGAGGAGAUCCUGACUCGCUGCACAACUAUGACCCGCAAGGCGGCCCUGGCCACCAAGACCCGGCUUCAGAUUCAACCAGAGUCCAUUUAUAGUCGCUAGGGACACAAGUGGGUCAUUGCUUUACAGCAUCCUGAACUAAGUUGUAGUCUUCAUCAAGCUCUCUUUCUUCUGUUAAUCUUUAUUCUUCAUUAUACACACAUAUGCUUUAUAAUAUAAGACAUGUAACCUCUUCAGACACACAAUGAAAUGGGUUAGGGCCAGUAAUGUUCAUUGUUAAAUUUAAAGCUAGUGGAAAUAAAUACCUGGACAGGACAGUUAUAUGCUGAUCAUUCUAAACUGAUGUCUAAAUGUUUCAUUUUUUUGUAAUGAAAUGCAGCAUCCUACAUCUGACUAUUUGCUAAUGUAGCUUCUGUGAAGCAUUAAAAAGCACCACGAACAAAGAAAUGAAUGAAAUAUAUGUCAUAUGUAUAGGAAAAUACAUUUUCUUUUAGCUUUAAAGUUGGUUUGGGGGACCUUUAGUUAGGUUAUUGAGGUUGAACUGAUUGUGUACAUUGUCUCUGCUUUGCCAUUCAUGGUAUUUCCAGUUCUUAACUGUACAUUACAAGUUUGUAUGCUGUGUUUAAACAGUUUAUAAUGAGAUGAAGGAAUGAAAUCACAUGUGAGCAUGCUGAAUGCCCAGCGGGGACAAAGAGACGAAUAAAGUGCCAGCAGAUAGAUGAUUCACAUAUCCUCCUGCAGGAGGAUGUUUUGAUUUAAUUCUAUUUCACUGUUGUAUUGUAUGAAAUAUAUUGUCUUCUCUUUGGUUGUGUUGAGUUAUGACGUGGAAGAAUUCAGUGUGACUCCAUAAGCUUUAAAUAAGUCAAUAAAAUCACAUUUACAC